GUUGUGGGGGAAGCUACUCAGCUCUGAGGGUUUAAAUAUCGACAUCCGUAACUACCAUAUCAGCAUUUUGAUACGUUGUACAGACAAUAGUAAAGAGUUUACUAUGAGCCUCGAUCUGGACGAAGAUGAGGCACCACCUCUCCUCGUAGCCUCGGGACAAGAUGACACCGGCCUUGAGACUGAAGUCAACGAGGUAUCAGUCACAAAAGUUCCCAUCACAAUAAUCACAGGCUAUCUUGGCGCUGGGAAAACGACGCUUUUGAACUACAUCCUUACGGAGCGCCACGGGAAGAAGAUUGCAGUAAUACUGAAUGAGUUUGGUGAUUCUAUCGACAUAGAAAAGUCCCUCACAGUAUCAAAAGACGGUCAGCAAGCGGAAGAAUGGCUAGACCUCGCUAACGGCUGUAUAUGCUGCUCUGUGAAAGACUCCGGCGUCGCAGCCAUAGAAUCGCUCAUGGACCGUCGCGGCUUCUUCGACUACAUCCUUCUCGAAACCACCGGCCUCGCCGACCCCGGCAACAUAGCACCUCUCUUCUGGGUCGACGAAGGACUCGGGAGCACUAUCUAUCUUGAUGGCAUCGUUACACUAGUCGACGCCAAGAACAUUCUCAAAAGCCUCGACGAAGCACCAGCUGAGACUGUAGUCCACGACACUACUGAAGAUCACAAGCACGAAGGCGACGAGCUGACGACUGCGCAUCUCCAGAUAUCCCAUGCGGAUGUCAUAGUCAUCAACAAGACUGAUCUAGUUACCCCUUCCGAACUUGAGACCGUUCGUGCUCGUAUCCAGUCUAUCAACGGACUAGCGAAGAUUCAUGUUACGCAGCGAAGCCAGGUUCCUCAACUCGAAAGCGUGCUACUAGAUCUACAUGCUUACGACUCCAUUGGGGCGGACGAACUGGAGUUUGCGGCCAAGGGACAUAGUCACCUGGAUCCGACCAUUUCCACAAUAUCACUCCCAGUACCGAUACUUAGGCCUCAGAAACUAGAUUUAGUCGACGCAUGGCUCCGGUCAGCAUUAUGGGAAUCGGUACUCCCGUUGCCGGAUUCAUCAAAGCAGUCGACUUUCGAAGUUCACAGGAUCAAAGGCCGUAUUGUUCUGACUAAUGGAGUGGUGAAGCUGCUACAAGGAGUACGCGAAGUUUUCGAGUUUCUAGACGAGAGCAAUAGCGCUCGGUCUGGAGAGCCCACGGUGGUCGACUCUCCAUCUUCUGCUGUUGGGAAAAUCGUGGUGAUAGGGAGAGGCAUAGACCAGGACGCUUUCAGGCUGAGCCUUGAGAAGGCACUCAAAGGCUAAAGGAAGACUGAUGUUAAAUCUAGGUCUACUCCGCAUUUACCGGCUUCCACAUUGGAUGGGCCUUGCAGUUGUCUAACCUCCAUUAGUACAGCAGAAUGUCAAAUCAAUCCAAUUACAGAACAUAUCCCACC